AUGCAUUGCUUCAUUUUGUGUGUCUCGAUAGCUGGCCUGAUCAGCGCCGUCUCGGGUUCCAAUUGCUCGAAUCCAACAGCACGUAUAGAGAACGGAUUAGUCAUAGGAACGACAACUAGCCUACCAGCUGCCAGUGCGACAGUCAACAAGUUCCUGGGAAUACCAUUUGCUCAAUCACCGCCUGAGCGGUUCUCGCCUCCAAGAGCAGCACCUUACGUGCCUACUAUCAAUGCCACAGCUUGGAAGCCGGCAUGUAUUCAACAGUUCACAUAUCCUCUGGCUUCUCAACAGUUCACCGAACUAGUGUUCAACAACCCUCCCCCUCAGGAAUCUGAAGAUUGCUUGUACCUAAACGUGUAUGCACCUGCUACACAACCCGAAGAUAGAAAGGGACGUGCUGUUAUGUUCUGGAUCUAUGGUGGAUCUCUCCAGUUUGGUAAUGCUGGACAGCCCACUUACGACGGAAGUCAUUUUGCUGGUUACGAAGACGUGAUAGUUGUGACCACAAAUUAUCGAACAAACGUGUUCGGCUUCCCAAGCUCUCCAGAGUUACCACUUUCAGGACACAACCUUGGUUUCCUAGACCAGCGUUUUGCUUUGGAAUGGGUGCAACGCAACAUUCACGCUUUUGGAGGAGACCCAGCUAAAGUCACUAUCUUCGGAGAGUCGGCUGGAGCAUUCUCGGUAGAUACACUACUCACGAGUUUCCCAAAAGGCUCGAAUCCACCAUUCCGCGGUGCAAUUCUUGAGAGCGGUCAGUAUAGCUACAGACCUACCCCGCCGACCAGCAGCGUGCCUGCAUGGUGUAAUCUUACCGCUGAGCUCGGCUGUCCCGGCAAUUUUGGAAGUAACUUGAGCUGUGUCAGAGCAGCAAGUGCGACUGAUAUCCAAAAGAUCAUCGAUGUCAACAGUCUUUUGUUCAACCCAAUUGCCGACAACAUCACCCUCGUCUCGAAUCCUGCUCAAAGACGUGUAUUGGGCGAGAUCGCCAACAUCCCAGUCAUGGGUGGCACGAAUGCACAGGAAGGACGUGUCUUCGUAUUCGGACAGAACAAUAUUACAGCCUUCCUCGAUACAUAUUUCGGCAGUUCACCAGCUCUUGUAUCUGCUAUUAAAGAAGCAUAUCCACUUGGCGUUGAUGGAUUGAAUACACCUUAUGAUGUGAUAUCGCAGAUCUUCACGGAAUGGUAUUUCCAAUGUUCCCAAGCUCUCUGGGCCAAUGCAUCUGCUGCAAGCGGCAUCCCUACCUGGCGAUACUACUUCAACGCCUCAUUCACAAACACGCAAUCGUAUCCAGGUCUAGGCGUCUUCCACUCUUCAGAACUUUCCAUCGUGUUCUCUACAUACCCCACUGUUAACGUCACAACUCAAGAAUAUGCUUUGAGUCGCUUCAUGCGUGGCGCCUGGGCUACCUUCGCGAAAAAUCCGGCCAAUGGACCUGGAUGGAAUGCUGUGGGCACUGGUACUGCAGGCGCUGUUCUUUCUACAGCAUCUGACGGUUUGCCUGGCGGGAUCUUGAUGGGUUUGAAUGGGACUGUACAGCAAGGAGAUUGGGAUCUCGCUGUCUUGGGUGAUGUUGGAGAUGUUCGAGGAAGUGGUGUCACCGUAUUGCCUCAAAGUGCUGUCGAUGGGAGGUGUGGUUUGUGGGUUCCUGUGUAUGAGGCCAUCUUGAAGGAAUCGUAG